GGGGAGGGCUCCGGAGCGAUGAUGGGCGCCCUGGAGCUGCUGCUGCUCGGUGCAGCUUGGUUGGCUGGGCCGGCUCGUGGGCAGAAUGAGACGGAGCCCAUCGUGCUGGAGGGCAAGUGCCUGGUGGUUUGCGAUUCCAACCCCACGUCCGAUCCCACGGGCACGGCGCUGGGAAUUUCCGUGCGCUCUGGCAGCGCCAAGGUGGCUUUCUCCGCCAUUCGGAGCACUAAUCACGAGCCGUCAGAAAUGAGCAACCGUACGAUGAUCAUUUACUUUGACCAGGUACUAGUGAACAUCGGGAAUAACUUCGACCCGGAGCGAAGCACUUUCAUCUCCCCACGGAAAGGGAUUUACAGUUUUAACUUCCACGUGGUGAAAGUCUACAACAGACAGACCAUCCAGGUGAGCCUGAUGUUAAACGGGUGGCCCGUGAUCUCGGCUUUCGCUGGGGACCAGGAUGUGACCCGAGAGGCAGCCAGCAAUGGUGUCCUAAUACAAAUGGAGAAGGGGGACCGAGCGUACCUCAAAUUGGAGCGAGGGAACUUGAUGGGGGGCUGGAAAUACUCGACAUUCUCUGGAUUUCUCGUAUUCCCUCUCUAAGGAACUAACUCAUCGCUGGAGCUAAGCGGAGGGAGUGAGAGGGGGAGAAUAGAGAGAAGGGGGAGGGAGAAAGAAAGAAGGAGAAGGAGAGGUAGAGAAAAAGAAAUCGACAAGUGUGGAGAAUUUCCUGCGAAGUCCCAAGUUAUAGCCAGGUAUAAAGAGCUCUGGACAGCAAACUUCUAAAGUUCACUUAUAAAAGAGAAACUAAGCCCCACUUAGAUCUGUGUACAUCUGUUUUGAAGAAUACCAUUCCUCUCCCCAUUUUGGUAGUCGUAGUCAAGAAAGAAGCUGCCUUGUAAUUGAUUUUUUAAAAUCUCCAAUUGCAACAUGCUCUUCCUUACUCCAUUUAUCCUGACCCCAGAUUUAGCUAAAUGAAAGGUUGUAUUUCAACAGUGUAAGCUACCAUAUCCUUUUCGACUUCCCGACCCCACUCUGUCCCUCUAACGUUGUUCUUGGCAACUUUUUUUUUUCUUUUUGGUUGUUGUUGGUAGUGGAGUUUUCGUUUUGAGAAGCACUCCUCAUCUUAAACUCCACCGAAGAAUUAACUACUGGAAGGGUUUUGUUAUGUUUUGUUUUUAAAUACACAGAUGCCAUGGUGAAGGAGAAAAGACUGCCUUGCUGUUGAAUGACUGACAAUUAAAAAAAAAACAAAGGGGGGAGGGGGAAGAAUAAUUUCUACGUGAAGAACUAUUCCCAGUGAAAACUGGCAGAAUAGAGCAUCUUUGUAUUUCUAUGUAAUAUUCUAAGUGAUUGUGAACUAUUAAGGCUGCUCAAUGUUUUGGUCCUUGGUUUGCUCUCGUCGAAUGUGUCCCAACUAAAUGCCAGGAAGUAUUACUGACCUUUUACUCUCUUACUCUGUAAUAUAUGUGUGAAUAUCGAGAAUUUAAUUUGGCUCUAAUACAAUAAAGUUUAAGUGGGACUUUUAUUUUUCUGAAACAGAAAGAAACAGGGUUUUUCAGAGCAACCCUCGAGCCCUCCUAGGCUGGAGGCGGGGUCAGGAGGAGAAAGCGGUUCAGACGCUUAGCUAUCUUUAGCGCGCUUAACUGAAGACUGGGCCAGGAAGUUCUAGCCCGACCGAGCGGGCCUGUCCAACCCGCCUAACAUUUAAGAUGCCCUGCGUCUCUGCGCCUGCCUCGCUUUCUGCUUCCUCGCUGCUUUUACUCAAGACUUAAAAAUUGGCCGACCCUUCUGGUGACAGCAAACGCCCAGACCAGUGACUGAAGUGCAGUUUGAGAAGGGAGGCGCAGCACCAAAAAGGGAAGAUUAAUCCAAAUAUGAAACCACCCCGGGGCCUAUGCAGUCAGCUGCCCACCAUCUUCUGGAUUCUCGGGACUGGCUCCGGUGACAUUUUAUAUCACCCUCUCUGGAAUCACCAACCUGUCUACUCCUCUCUCGGUCCGCUGUUCUGAUUUGGUUUCUGGUCUUUAAGAGAUGUAAAAAUGCUUUAAUUUUGCAGUACUCAGAGAUGACUACUUUUAUUAAAAAGGCCUGUCCGCGAUUCUGACUGUAUCUGAAUAUAAUGUCAAAGCAAAAGUCUAAUAAACAACUUCAUUUGAAGACUUAA